CCUUACUCAAGAAGGAAUCCUACGCUUCAAAUUACUUCUUUAGGGUUCCCCCAUCAACAAAAAAGAACCAAAAAAAUCGUUCAGUUUUUCCAUCGAUUCGGAGAGAAGGGCUGCAUCUUCUUCUUCUCCUUCCGAUCGGAGCACCCGUUUCGAUCGCUCUCGCUCGCUCGCUUCCGCGUGCAUUGGCGGUUCCCGAUUCCGGCGACCUGCCCGGAUCUUUCUCAGAUAGCGAAAUUGAUGGCGAACCCGCAAGGGAACCAUCAAGAACCCGCUCAUGCUUCAUCGACUUUUAAUGGCAAUGGAAAUAUCGCUGCGGCGGCGGCAGUGACGGCAGCGCCGGAGAGUUCAAGCACAACGUCUGCAAUGAAGCACAAUCCUGGAAUCUCAAUGGACUGGACUCCAGAUGAGCAGGUUGCACUUGAAGAAGGCCUUGCUAAAUUUGUCUCAGAAAAUAAGGUGAUUAGCUAUGCAAAGAUAGCUUUACAGCUGCAAAACAAAACAGUCAGGGAUGUGGCAUUGCGUUGCCGUUGGAUGUCGAAAAAGGAGAACAGCAAGAGAAGGAAAGAGGAUUAUAAUCUCAAUAGGAAAAGCAAAGAUAAAAAGGAAAAGGUAGCUGAUCCUUCACCGAAGUCUUCUCAGUUUGCUGCCCGGCCUAAUGUUGCUCCCUACAUGCCACCAGUGAUUCCUCUGGACAAUGAUGAUGGCAUUUCUUUUAAAGCAAUUGGUGGUCCUACUGGAGACAUUCUUGAGCAGAAUGCACAAGCCUUUACUCAGAUACAAGCAAAUUUCACAACAUUAAAGAUUCAUGACAACAUCGGUCUUUUCUGCCAAGCUCGUGAUAACAUAGAAAAAGUCAUAAACGGUUUGGGUAACCAGGUGGACAUAAUGAGGCAGAUGCCGCCACUCCCUGUUAAGCUUUGGAACAUUGCCGACAGAUACCAACUUCAAGGGUGAUUUGUUAAUCGAUAUCAACCAUAUGGGAGGAGGCAAAUUGUCAACUAAGUGAAGCCGUCUUUCCCGAAUUGUUAGAUGACAUUAGUAACUCCAUUGCUUCAGUUUUUGCAGAGUCUUUUUUUUUUUUUCCUUUUUUCCUGCUUUUAAUUGGAUAGUUGAUGCUGUACAUGUCAAAAUAGAGGUGGUUUAGGGUUUAGGAAUGGCUGGAACAAUAAGCAGUUAACUAGUUAGUUCUUUUCAUUUGAAUUUCGGGAAUUUGUCCUUGAAACAAACGUAGUACUCUCUAGAAUUGCGUUGUCAAACGUCGCCCUGAGUAGGUGGUAUAGUCCAGCUCUUUUCAUCA